GAAUGUUAUGCUUACCAGACAGUGUGUACUUUCUUGGAGAUGAGGAUUAUGGAUUGAAGCUUCUGAUACGGAACCGUUAUUUGCAAUUACUCAAUUUAAUUGAGAAGAAUAGAAAGCAAGAUGGCCCAGCCAAAAGAGGUUGCGCGAUUACUGGCACACCCGUCUGGCAAUGUAAUGAAAAAAUUUGUUAUCGAUUCUCACCAAAUGGUAAUAUGCAAAAAGGGAAUAUUGACCAGUUUGACAAGACACUGGAUAACUGUAAUAACUUUUUUCUUGUUGAUGCACAAGCUUUGACGUUUUCAUAUAAGGCCUAUAUGAUUCUGUUUACAUCGCCGAAAACAGAAAGAUUCAACGAGGCUGUCAAAUGGCCAGGUUUUACUCAAUACUAUAUGCCAAUUUGGGAACACGAUGAAAUUACCACACUUUGGGCCCUUCAAUACAAGAAUAAGAAAAACAAUGAAGGCAAAGAGUUCACACUUGAAUUACUUGGGACCCUUCUGGAAAA